AUGGCGACCUUGAGAUAUAUUCCGGGAUUCCAGAGCGGCAUCACCCAUACUAAGCACUUGCGAUCAGUUGUUGGCUAUGGUCCGAGGGCGUUCGUCUCCGCGAGGUCGCAAACGCGAGCACUUGCAACCGACUGGCAGACGUCGUCGCCCAGUGUCAAGACGGACCUUCCUGGUCCUCGGGGGAAAGAGCUUGUGCAAGUACUUGACAGUGUCUUCGACACCAGCAGUAUGAAGAUGAUCGUGGACUACAAGAAAAGCAAUGGUAAUUACGCGUUCGACGCCGAUGGCAAUAAAUUCUUGGAUGUGUUCGCGCAAAUUUCCUCCAUCCCUCUCGGAUACAAUAAUCCAGCUCUUGCCAAAGCCGCACAAUCCCCAGACAUGGUGGACGCUCUGAUCAACCGUCCGGCGUUGGGUGUUUUCCCCUCGCCACAUUGGGCUGAGAUUUUGAAGACUGGUCUACUCCGCGCAGCACCGCCUGGUCUUGAUCAAGUCUUCACCUCGACGACCGGGUCAGAUGCCAAUGAAACAGCGUACAAAGCCGCUUUCAUUUGGCGUUUGUCUCAGGAGCGCGGUGGCCGCGACUUCUCGACGGAGGAGCUUGAAUCAGCCAUGGUCAAUAAAGCACCAGGUGCGCCUAAUCACUCGAUACUUUCCUUCCACGGGGGUUUCCAUGGUCGCACCUUCGGGAGUCUUUCAACGACCCACAGUAAAGCCAUUCAUAAGCUUGAUAUUCCGGCGUUCGAUUGGCCAGUUGCUCCAUUCCCUAAGCUACGCUACCCACUCACCGAAUUUGAGACUGAGAAUCGCGCCGAGGAAGCACGUUGCCUUGAGGAGAUUGAACAAAUAAUAACAAAGGCACGCAAUCCCAUCGUUGCUACUGUUGUAGAGCCCAUCCAGUCGGAAGGCGGAGAUAAUCACGCGACGCCCUUCUUUUUUCAACGUCUGCGAGAGAUCACCAAGAGAAACAACGUUCUUAUGAUCGUCGAUGAAGUUCAAACAGGCGUUGGUGCCACCGGCAAAUUCUGGGCCCAUGAGCACUGGAACCUGCCUACACCACCAGACAUGGUGACCUUCUCUAAGAAGGCUCAGGCUGCGGGGUUCUACUACACAGAUAAGUCGCUAAGACCUGACAAGCCAUACCGGCAGUUCAACACGUGGAUGGGCGACCCUGCACGAGCGAUUUUGUUCAAGAGUAUCUUGGAGCAGAUUGAAAAGCACGAUCUUGUGCGCAAGACGGCAGAGGUGGGGAGAUUUCUCUUCAGCGAAUUAAGCAAGCUUGCUGCACGCUAUCCUGGCGAGAUGCUGAACCUGCGCGGAAAGGACAGGGGCACGUUCAUUGCGUGGGAUAGCCCGCGGCGUGACCAAAUUGUGAAAUUAGCCCUAAGUAAAGGCGUGAUUGUGGGUGGCAGCGGCAAUGACAGCAUACGGCUACGACCAAUGCUCAUCUUUGAGAAGAAACAAGCCGAAAUACUGCUAGGUACUCUCGAAAACAUCUACAAGGAAGUUUAA